AUGGAUCUUCUAAAAUCUUAAUGGUUUUCAAAACUUGGUAAUUAAUCUAAUUUACGCUUUAAAUAUAAAACAUAUCCUCGACCUUUAAGACCAUUAUUAUCUGUUAAUUACUAGUUGCCUAAAGCUGUAGCAGAAGUGAAUUAUAUUAUAUUACAAACAUACCUUUGA